AAAAAGAACGAGGGGGGGGCCGCGCAGACCGGGACCCCCUCCUACCCCCCCGUGCCCCCCCCCCCAUCUCAGCCCCUUUUCGAGUCCGCCGGGACCUUCACCCCCCCGCAGUGGGGCAUCGUGGAUCUCUCCGGCCAUCAGCACCUCUUCGGGGGCUUCAAACGUGGGGGGACGGCGGCGGCGCCCGGAGCCCCCCCGACCCCCUCGGUGCCCCCCGACGUCGGGGGCAAAGAGGAGAAGAAUUACUUCCGCCGCCUGAAGUACCUGAUGGAGCGGCGCUUCCCCUGCGGGGUCUGCCAGAAGUCCUUCAAGCAAUCCUCCCACCUGGUGCAGCACAUGUUGGUGCACAGCGGCCAGCGGCCCUACGAGUGCGGCACCUGCGGCCGGGCCUACAACCACGUCUCCAGCCUCAUCCGCCACCGCCGCUGCCACAAGGACGGCGGGGGACUCGAGGGACCCGGCGGCGGGGCUGCGGUGGGGCCCAGUGGGGUGAGCGGUGCGGGGUCGGCGACGGCGGCGUCCAACGGGGUGAGUUUGGUGGUGGCCGGCGUCUUGCCGGUGCCCAAUGGGGCCAACGUGCUCAACUCGCUGCCCGGCGGGGUCAACUCGAUGCCCAACGGGGUCAACGUGGCGCCCAACGGGGCCGGCGUGGUCAACGUGGCGCCCAAUGGAGCCAACGUGGCACCCAAUGGAGCCAACGUGGUCAACGCGGCGCCCAACAGGCUCAACUCGGCGCCCAACGGGGCCAACGUGGUCAACGCGGCGCCCAACGGGGCCAAUAUGGUCGGCUCGGCACCCAGUAGGGUCAGCGUGGCCCCUAAUGGGGUGAAUAUGGUCAACUCGACGCCCGGUGGGGCCAAUAUGGUCAACUCAGCGCCCAGCAGGGUCAGCGGGGCCAACGCGGCCGGCUCGCUGCCCCAUGGGGCCGCCGUGGUCAACGUGGCACCCAAUGGGGUCAACCCGGCGCCAAGCGGGGAGAACCCGGCGGCCAGCGGGGUGAACCCGACGACCCCCAACGGGGUCCACCCGGCACCCAGCGGGGUCAACCCCACCCCCAACGGCGUCAACCCGGCAACCGCCAAUGGAGUCGGCGCGACGCCCGCCGGCCUCACCCUGGCGCCCAACGCCGCCCUGAUGGUGCCCAGCAUCCUCCCGUCGCCCCCCGGUGCCACCGCGACGCUGAGCGGCGUCCUCCCGACGCCCUCCGGGGUCAUCCUGGCACCGGGCGGCCUCGCUUUGGCUCCCGGCGCCGCGGCGGUGCCUCCGGUGAACAACGCGUCCCCCGACGGCCCCUUCACCUGCUCCCUGUGCUGGAAGGUGUUCAAGAAACCCAGCCACCUCCACCAGCACCAAAUCAUCCACACCGGGGAGAAGCCCUUCAGCUGCUCGGUUUGCUCCAAGAGCUUCAACCGGCGCGAGAGCCUCACCAGGCACGGCAAGACUCACGCGGGGCCGCUGCGCCUGCCCUGCUCCGUCUGCGGCAAGGAAUUCCGCGACCCGGCCUACCUGCUGAGGCACCAGGCCGCUCACAGCGGGCAGCGGCCCGACUACCGGUGCGAGGUGUGCGGGAAGGGCUACGCCGCGCCGCAGAGCCUCCUCCGGCACCGGCAGGCGCACGGCGGGGCGAAGAGCGGAGCGAUGGCGGCGCCGGGGCCGUUCCUCGGCGUCGGCAAACCCGCGGGGUUCGUUUUCUCGGAGGAGAAAACGGAGAGCGGGGUUUUCCUGGCGCCGGGGAAGAGCUUCGGGUGUGGGGUGUGCGGGCGAGCCUUCGGGCGCCGGGAGACGUUGAAGAGGCACGAAAGGAUUCACACCGGGGAGAAGCCGCACCAGUGCGCCGUGUGCGGGAAGCGGUUCCGGGAGUCGUUCCACCUGAGCAAACACCACGUGGUGCACACGCGCGAGCGGCCCUACAAGUGCGAGCUGUGCGGGAAGGCCUUCGGUUACCCUCAGAGCCUCACCAGGCACAAGCAGAUCCACCGUCUGCCUCUGCCGUGCGGGCUGAGCGCCGUGCCGGGCGCCGGCAGCGGCGUGGAAGGGCUGAGCUACGGCUGCGCCGAGUGCGGGGAGCGCUUCGCCGACCUCUUCCACGCCGUCAACCAUAAGGAGGCGCACAUGGCGGAGAAGCCGUACGGCUGCGAGGUGUGCGGGAAGGCGUUCGGCUUCAUCGAGAACCUGAUGUGGCACAAGCUGGCGCACCAGGCGGCGCCGGAGGCGCCGGACGGCAACGAGGAGCACCCGGUGGUGCCGAGCGGGGAGCGCUUCACGUGCGGGACGUGCGGGCAGAGCUUCAAGCACUUCCUGGCCCUGGUGACCCACAAGUACGUGCACCUGGUGCGGCGCACGCUGGGCUGCUCGGUGUGCGGGCAGAGCUUCGCCGGCGCCUACGACCUGCUGCUGCACCGCCGGAGGCACCUGCAGAAGAGGCACUUCGGCUGCUCCGUCUGCGGGAAGCGGUUCUGGGAGGCCGCCCUGCUGAUGCGGCACCAGCGCUGCCACACGGAGGAGCGGCCGUUCCGCUGCGGGGUCUGCGGCCGCGGCUUCCAGCGCUCGUGGUACCUGCGGCAGCACAAGGUGGUGCACACCGGGGAGAGGGCCUACAAGUGCGCGCUGUGCAAGAAGAGGUUCGCCCAGUCGUCCAGCCUGGCCGAGCACCAGAGGCUGCACGGCACGGCGCGGCCGCAGCGCUGCCAGACGUGCGGGAAGACGUUCCGCUACCGCUCCAACCUGCUGGAGCACCGCAGGGUGCACUUCGGGGAGAAGGUUUACCGCUGCGAGCGCUGCCCCAAGAGCUUCUUCUACCUCUCGUCCAUCCUGCGGCACCAGCGCUCGCACGAGGCGCGCAGGGAGCUGCGCUGCUCCACCUGCAUGAAGCUCUUCAAGGACCCCAAGUAUUUCAGCAAACACCUCCAGGCCCAUCAGGGGGGGAGGCCUUUCAAGUGCAGCACCUGCGGGGAGGGGUUCCGCAACACCUACGGGCUGAAGAAGCACCGGAACGGGCACAAGAUG